CCCAAGUGAGAAUGUGAGAUGUUUGUUAUUCAUUAUAUCUAUACUCCAAAGACGUUGAGUUGAGGCUACUCUAGUACUUUUACCAUCCUCCAACUAGCGAGAUCAGAUGAUUCCGAUCUAAUGGUUUCUGUGUGGUGGUUCAGGUUCUACUACAGUCUAGAGUUCACUGAACUCCUGAACCCUUAUUGUUGUUCCAGAAGACCAGAAUCCAGAUUGGGCCCAAGCGUAACGUUUAUGUACACCCGUCUGUCUGUCUGACUCUCUCUCUCGGCCUCGGUUUAGAAAGUUGCAAUUUUGCAAAUAUGAAAUAUGUCAUGGCCCCCGAUUGAAGUCAUCGUUGCCCAGUAAAAAGAUAUUGCUUUUUUCUUAUAUAUAGAUUCAGAUUUGCAGGUUCUUAUCGGACGGACGGUGAAAUGCCAUAGCCAACGUCCAACGUCACCAAAAACCAUCAUGGACUCCCAAAUUACCGAACCCGGAACAACCUUCUCUCCCGCCGUGAACGGCUUUUCUAAUGGAAAAAUCACCAACGCCGAUUUCCUGGCUGAGGAAGCAUGCAUCCCAACCCACUUGCACAAGGCCGAUACGGGUGUCCUCGCCUCUCCGGUGGGCAAGGCUUCUCACACGCUCCAAAACAACGGCGAGCGUGCUCCUAUCCCAUCGCUUGGCGUUGAUUCUGUUGCCAGGGAUAAUGGGGUCAAGGCCGUUUCUUCCAUGGAUGCCGUUGUCAGGGUGUUUUGCGUUCACACGAAGCCCAAUUUCUCGCUCCCCUGGCAGCGGAAACGGCAGUUCAGUUCCAGUAGUUCUGGGUUCGUUAUUGACGGGCGGAGGGUGUUGACGAAUGCGCAUUCCGUAGACUACCAUACUCAGGUUAAGCUCAAGAAGCGUGGCUCCGAUACCAAGUACUUGGCCACUGUUCUGGCCAUUGGCACGGAAUGCGAUAUUGCGAUGUUGACAGUUAAAGAUGACGAGUUUUGGGAAGGCAUUUCGCCGGUGAAGUUUGGAUCUCUGCCUGCUCUCCAAGAUGCAGUCACUGUAGUAGGAUACCCGAUUGGUGGGGACACAAUAUCAGUGACUAGUGGUAUCGUAUCGCGCAUAGAGAUGUUGUCUUAUGUUCAUGGAGCAGCUAAGCUUCUGGGUUUGCAGACCGAUGCAGCUAUAAACUCUGGGAAUUCUGGUGGGCCUGCUUUCAAUGAUAAGGGGCAAUGCGUGGGUAUUGCAUUUCAGUCCAUUAAACAUGAAAUUGCGGACAAUAUAGGUUAUGUCAUACCAGUACCCGUUGUUAUGCACUUCAUUCAAGAUUAUGAGAGAAAUGGAGAAUAUACAGGGUUCCCAACUCUUGGAGUUGAUUUACAGAAGAUGGAAAAUCCUGACUUGCGCUUGGCAAUGGGAAUGACACCUGACCAGAAGGGUGUUCGUGUUAGGAGAAUUGAGCCUACUUCUCCAUUAUCUCAGGUUCUGAAGCCAUCUGAUGUAAUACUCAGCUUUGAUGGAACUGAUAUUACUAAUGAUGAGACAGUCUCAUUCAGGAAUGGAGAGCACAUUGGAUUUAGUUACCUGGUAUCUCAAAAAUUCAUGGGAGAGAAUGCUGUGAUUAAAGUUCUUCGCAAUUCAGAGACUUUUGAAUUCAACAUAAUGCUUGCUAGUCACAAACGCCUCAUUCCAGCACACAUCAAGGGCAGACCUCCACCAUAUUACAUUAUUGCUGGAUUUGUCUUUACAACUGUAUCCGUUCUGUAUCUCCGUUCUGAGUAUGGAAAGGAUUAUGAAUGUGAUGCACCAGUCAAACUGUUGGACAAACACUUACAUGCAAUGGCACAGUCAGAAGACGAGGAGCUUGUGGUUGUUUCUCAGGUGCUUGUGGCUGAUAUAAAUAUUGGCUAUGAGAACAUAGUCAAUACUCAGGUCCUUGCUUGCAAUGGCAAUCCUGUCAAGAAUCUGAAGAGCUUGGCCAGCAUGGUGGAGAAUUGUGAUGAUCAAUUUUUGAAGUUUGAACUGGAGUACCAACAGCUAGUGGUCCUACAAACAAAGACAGCCAAGGCAGCAACACUAGAUAUUCUCACAACGCACUGCAUACCUUCAGCAAUGUCUGAUGAUCUCAAGACAUGAGAUGGAAGCACAUUGGAGGUUACUCUCCUGGCUUCCAACUAUUGAAGUUUCUCUUCUUGCAGAACCCGACCUACUGAAUUGGUAGAAUCUAUAGAUCAAUUAAAACAGGAAAAAAAAAGAAAAUAGAAAGAAAGAUAAAGAAAUUAGAGUUGGAUUGGGAUAUCUAUCUCCUAAAUGUUAUAUGAUUUAUUAACAUGCUGAGGGAUCAGAAUAACAAUUUGAAGCAUGACUGUAGGAGCUGGGAUGGGUUUUUACACAGUAAGGUGCUAAGCACAGGGGAUGUGAAGUGCUUUAUGACAUUAUUUCUGGGAAGUUCCGUUGAUUUGAUGGAAAAGAGAAGAUCUGCAGUAGAAAGUAACCAACAUGUAUGACCCUUUUCUCUCCAAGGCCAGAUGUACUCAAUGUAACGGUAGUGGGAAAUAUCACCCAAAGGGAAUGGGAUUUCAAUUUGCURAAAUCUCACUUCAAGCUGAGACUUCUAUUUUUGUUUGUUUAAACACCCUGACAAUCUAAAACGAACUCGAGAUCUGCGUCA